AUGGUAUCUUAUGUCAAUAAAAGUACCCAUUACAAUGAGAUGUUAGAUCUGUUCAAGAGAGUCAACAUCAACAUUCCUUUUCUUGAAGCAAUCAAGCAAAUCCCUGCUUAUGCCAAAUUCCUCAAAGACUUGUGCACUCAAAAGCGCAAGCUCAAUGUGCAAAAACGUGCUUUCUUAGCUGAGCAGGUAAGUUCCAUCAUUCUGAACAAAACUCCACCCAAGUUUAGGGAUCCAGGAUGUCCAACAAUUUCUUGCACUAUAGGAGAACACACGGUCAAUAAAGCGUUAUUAGACCUAGGUGCAAGUGUUAACCUACUGCCAUAUUCUGUUUAUGAGCAGUUAGGUCUUGGGGAGUUGAAACCAACAUCUAUCACUCUACAACUGGCAGACCGAUCUGUCAAGAUUCCUCGUGGAGUGGUCGAAGAUGUUUUGAUCAAGGUUGACAAAUUCUAUUUUCCCGUAGACUUCAUUGUCUUAGACACUCAACCUGUACAAAACCCAGACUGUCACAUUCCUGUCAUCUUAGGACGUCCUUUCUUGGCUACGUCCAACGCGAUCAUUAAUUGUCGGAAUGGAGUGUUAAAACUGUCUUUUGGUAACAUGACGGUAGAAUUGAAUGUGUUCGAUAUUAGUCAACAACCUGUGAAUCUUGAUGAUGAUGAUGUGCAUGAAGUUAAUAUGAUUGAAGGAUUAAUGCAAGAUUCGUUGACUAACAUUCUAUCCGUCGACCCCUUUCAAGCAUGUAUGGAGAACUUUAACCCUGAUUCCUAUGAUGAUGCAUACUGUAGUGACGUCCUAUCUCUGCUCGAAUCUGUACCUCAAAUGGACGUCACUGAAAGGAAAUAUGAAAUGGAACCACCCCUACUCUCUGAUUCCAAGCUUAUUCCAUCCAUUGUUGAGCCACCCAAGCUUGAAUUGAAAACGUUGCCUAGUACGUUGAAGUACGCAUUCCUAGGUUCUUCUGAUACUUUACCUGUCAUUAUUUCAUCAUGUUUAGACACGGAACAGGAAAGUAGGAUGCCCUCACGUUGGUCGAGACAAGACCGCUCUAAAUUCCUGGCUGAAGUCAAACAUUUCCUUUGGGAUGACCCAUAUUUGUUUAAGUACUGUCCAGACCAAAUCAUUAGGAGAUGUGUCCCCAACACUGAGGCCUAUAGAACAGCUUAUAAGACACCAAUUGGCAUGUCCCCCUAUCGUCUAGUGUAUGGAAAGCCGUGCCAUCUACCUGUGGAAUUAGAACAUCGUGCCUACUGGGCA